UUUCUAUCUCAGCGGCACCUCUACAAGUAACCAAUCAGAGAGUCCAUACUAUCGAUUCAUUUUCUUGGAGGAAAUGAAGCCUCUCUUCCUCCUCCUCCUCCUCCUCCUCCUCGCCAUUGCUUUAGUCUCUGCUGAUCUCCGAGUUGGCUUCUACAACUCCUCUUGCCCUCAAGCUGAAUCCAUCGUCCGCGCCGUGGUGGCAGAGAACUUUCGCAAUGACCCCUCCAUCACUGCUGCAUUCCUUCGCAUGCAUUUCCAUGAUUGUUUCGUCAGGGGCUGCGAUGCGUCGAUUUUAAUAAAGACGACGAAGAAGAAGCCAUCUGAGAGGUCCGCCGGGCCAAACCUCACGGUCCGUGGAUUCGAGAUCAUCGAUGAAGCUAAAUCAAGGCUGGAGGCAGCAUGCCCAUCCACUGUAUCAUGUGCUGAUGUAGUAACCCUUGCAACUAGAGAUGCCGUCGCCCUAGCUGGCGGCCUGAACUAUGCCGUGCCCACAGGGAGGCGGGAUGGGCUCGUGUCGAACCCCGAUGAGGUCAGGCUACCCGGUCCGCAGCUCCCUGUCCCUCAAGCACUCCAGUUCUUCACAGCCAAAGGUCUCGCACUGGAAGACAUGGUUGCUCUCUUGGGCGGACACACUGUGGGAGUGGCCCAUUGCACCUUCUUUCGCGACCGGCUCUCCGAUUUCCAGGGGACCGGCGCUCCCGACCCCACCAUGGAUCCGAGCUUGAGAGCUAAGCUCAUCCAAACUUGCGGGCCGACACCGAAGCCAUUGGAGAAGGACCCUGCAGCAUUUUUGGAUCAGAGCACGUCGUUCAAGUUUGAUGCUCAAUAUUAUAAACAGAUAGUAGCAAACAAAGGGGUGCUGAAAAUAGACCAAGUGCUAGCAUUGGAUAAUUCCACAGCACGGAUUGUUUCAGGUUUGGCGUCGGAUGGAGAAGGGUUCCAAAGGAAGUUUGCUGAUGCUAUGGUGAAGAUGGGGAGCAUUGAAGUUCUUGUGGGGAGUGCUGGGGAGAUCAGAAAGAAAUGCAAUGCUUUUAAUAAAAGUCCAUAACCUAUUAGAUAAGAAGAAAUAGGACUGCUUUGGUUCUAUUUUUUUUUUCCUCCUUGUUUAUUGUUCUCUCUCCUAUGAUGAUCUCGCCUAUGAUGAACUAUUGGAAUAUGUUUCAUGGCUUCCUCUGUAUUUUGGAAAGAAUGAGUUUGUUUACGAGCACUGGAGACUUAGAGUGCCGUUGAAUAACAUUCAAAUCUUGCUCAUUAGUUUCUA